CCUUUGUUCGGCGGGAGGCGGCGGCGCGCCGCCCCGCCGCUUUGUCCGCCGCUGCCGGCGGGAGCCACUCGUCCCGGUGCGCCGGUUUGAGUCAACUGCCUAGCCAGGAUGAGCUGGAGUUUCCUGACACGGCUCCUGGAGGAGAUCAACAACCACUCAACCUUUGUAGGCAAGAUCUGGCUGACUGUCCUCAUUGUCUUCCGCAUCGUGCUGACAGCCGUGGGGGGUGAGUCCAUCUACUACGACGAGCAGAGCAAGUUUGUCUGCAACACACAGCAGCCAGGCUGUGAGAACGUCUGCUACGACGCCUUCGCCCCCCUUUCCCACGUCCGCUUCUGGAUCUUCCAGAUCAUCAUGGUGGCCACACCAUCAGUGCUCUACCUGGGCUUUGCCAUGCACCGCAUUGCUCGCAUGCCUGAGUCCUCACGGCGCCGGACACCGGCAGCCCGGCGGGCACGCAUGCCGGUGGUGCGCCGGGGAGCCGGGCGGGACUAUGAGGAGGCAGAAGAUGAUAAUGAAGAAGACCCCAUGAUCUUUGAGGAGAUCGAGGUGGAGAAGGAGAAGAGUCCAGAGGGUGGUGAGAAGCACGAUGGCCGGCGCCGCAUCAAGCAGGAUGGGCUGAUGCGUGCCUAUGUCCUGCACCUGCUGUGCCGCUCACUGCUAGAGAUGGUUUUCCUCUUUGGGCAGUACCUGCUGUACCGCUUUGAGGUGAGCCCCUCCUACGUCUGCAGCCGCAGCCCCUGCCCGCACACCGUCGACUGCUUUGUCUCCCGCCCCACCGAGAAGACCAUCUUCCUCCUCAUCAUGUAUGCUGUCAGCGGGCUCUGCCUCUUCCUCAACCUCUGCGAGCUCUUGCACCUUGGUGUGGGGCGCAUCCGUGAUGCCCUGAGCCAUUCUGGUGGCCCCCCGCUCCCAAAUGGCGACAGUCCUGCGCCACAGUACCCCAAGAAGGCCCCCAGUGCACCCCCCACUUACCACUCGCUGAAGAAGGAGCUGCCCCAGGCCCCGCUGACCAAUGGCAAGCUGGACUACCAAGAGAGCCUGGCCCAGGGGCGCUUUGCCCUGGCCGGGGCUCCCCCGGCGCAUGAGCUGGACCGGCUGCGUGAGCAUCUGCGCCUGGCCCAGGAGCACCUGGAGGUGGCCUUUCAUCUCCAGCCCCCACCGCGGCCGCCCAGCCCUGCCCGCAGCAGCAGUCCCGAGGCCAACGGCAUUGCCGCCGAGCAGAACCGCCUCAACCUCGCCCACGAGAAGGGGACCACUGCCUGCGACAGGACCACGGGGCUGUGAGUGCCACCAGGAAUGACGGCGGUGACUGCUGGAGCGGCUGCCGCCGCCACCGUGGGACAGGCAUCCUGCCAGGAGCACAGGAUGGAGGAUGCCAUGUGCCUGCCCAGCAGGGCAGUCUGAGCAGCCCUGUCCUGGUGGGCAGUGGAGGGGACAGGGGCCAUGGGGUUCAUUCCUACUUAAUUUUCAAAAAGGGAAUAUCUUAUUUUUGUACAUUUUUAUAAACUCAUCCGCGUGUGCACCCUGGCA